CCUAUUCAUGUCCCUUUCUGUCCUACCCCAACAUUUGGAAGAUCCUUCCAGCUGCUGAGUUCCUAUUAUUGCACGCAUGGAAAAAUUGGAUUUGGGAUUGCCUUACAGGCACAAGGAAGUCUCAGAUACUUUUCCUGAUUCUCCUGACAAUGAUAUAAACUUCCAAAAAACUGAAGAAUUCUCAGCAUAAUGAAUUUAGAUUUGUAGGACAUCUCGACAUGAGGUGGAGCUUGGCCUCUUCUAAUGGAUAAAACUUGGAGAGAUGGAAACUCAACUGUUUGAUCAAGAAAAGGAAUGGCCUGAUUCCACACCAGCUGUAACUGCCAAGUCCUUUGAGAUGUCAAAGAUAAAGAAUGAAACAAAAAGGGAAAGCCAUUACUAUUCACAGGAAACUAAUUCAAGUUCUUCCUGUGUGACACAUUUGAUAUACAGUGAGAAACCUUUAAGACGUAGCACAGUUGUUGGCCAGUUUUCUACUGAUGAACAUCAUGAGGAAAAUCAACUGGAUAAAGAAUUAAUGGAUACCUCAGAUUACAAAACAACAGAUAAUCCAAAUAAGCAUUUCCAACCUCUUUCUAGGCCACAUUUAGAUAAGAAUGCAUGCAGAGCCCAUGAAGUCACUCUCUUGAAACUUAAACUAAAAGCUAUCACUUGUUCAGAUUUUAAACACCCAUCUCAGAGGACUAACUCUACUUUUCAGUUUGGUGAGACAAAAGAUGUAGAAGCAUCCUCAUCAGAAGAUGAUGAUGUUUCCACCGAGCUGCCAAUGGAGGUUCUGGAAAACUUGCACAAAAUGUACACUUUUCAAGCAAAUCAAGGCCACGUUGUGAAUACAGAUGUCUUCCUUGGAAUAGCUGAGAACAAUCCUGAGGAGAAGAAAUGGAAUGAAUACAAAACAUCUGUGCAGGUAAGAGAUUUAAAUCAGUUUGCAGGAUCAAUUUGGAUCAUGACUAUAGUGGGUGGGUACUAACCAUUUCUUCCAUGGAGUUUCUUAGACAGAAGUCCCCUAC